AUGAAGCUCGCCAUCCAAGGCUGUAGCCAUGGCGAGCUCGACGCCAUCUACGCCUCUCUCCUCCGUACCGAACGCGAGCAGUCUCUUCAGAUAGACGCCCUUCUGCUCUGCGGUGAUUUCCAAGCCAUCCGCAAUCAUUCCGAUCUGCACGCACUCGCCGUGCCACAAAAGUACCUUCGCCUCGGCGACUUCCAUUCCUAUUACUCAGGCGAAAAGGUCGCUCCCGUCCUCACCUUGGUGAUCGGCGGCAACCAUGAGGCGAGCAACUACAUGUACGAAUUGUACCACGGAGGCUGGCUCGCGCCCAACAUUUACUUUCUAGGCGCUGCCGGUGUCGUCGAGCUCAACGGUCUUGUCGUAGCGGGGAUAUCGGGCAUCUAUAAGGACAAGGAUUACAAGAAAGGAAGGUUUGAAAAGCUGCCCUACGAUGCGAGCACGAUACGAAGCUGCUACCAUACCAGGGAGUUUGACGUAGCCAGGCUCAAAGCGGUAGCGCGCAAACAGGUAGAUGUGGUCAUGUCGCACGACUGGCCGAAUACAAUCGAGCAGUACGGAGAUACCAAGGCUUUGAUACGCAAGAAGCCUUUCUUCAAGGACGAGAUCGAAUCCGAAACGCUGGGAUCACCGCCGCUAAUGGAGCUUUUGCAGUGCUUGAAGCCCGCAUUUUGGUUCUCUGCGCAUCUGCACGUCAAAUUCGCUGCUCUUUUCAAGCAUGGUCAAGCCUCGGCACAGAAGACAGUAAGAACAGCAGCAGCAAAUACCAACCCCGAAGCCCUCGACAUUAGUCUCGACUCGGACGAGGAGGAGGAAAAAGAGCCAGCACCGCAAGCUGCCUUCGGCAACACUAGUGCCAGUGAAACAGAGAGCAAAGCAGAACAGAACGAGCGUAGUGCCGCUUCCUCCACUCGGUUCCUUGCGCUACACAAGUGCCUCCCACAGACACCCUUCCUGCAGAUCAUCGACCACCCGUCGCCGCACGAUGCCGAGCUAGAAGCGCGCAAAUCAGCGCUCAACUACCAACAGCGCAUCUCGCCCACAUUACGAUACAACAAACGAUGGCUUGCAAUCACACGUGCAUUCCACAGCCACUUCUCGUUGCAGUACCGCCAGCCUCAUCUACCGGACCCUAGCUCCGCAGCGCUCCUUGAUAAAAUCGAGGCAGAAGAGCGAUGGAUUGAGCAGUAUUGCCUGGCACAAGGAUCAACCAGGAACAGCGGCAAGCGGAAGCAGGACGAGCUCGAGGGCUCUAGAGCAGGUACUCCGCAAGGAACGGGAGAAGGUGAGGGCGUAGAAGACCUGGAUGUGUAUAAGAUCCAACAAUUUGUUCGCACGGCGCCGGCACCAUUUGAGCCAGGAGGACUCUCUCAAGCCCCACCGGCAUGGUAUACCAAUCCUCAGACCGAGGCAUUCUGUCACUUUGUGGGCAUCGAGAACAAGAUCAAUCCACGCCCUCCGCAGUUUGCACCUCCAGGGUUCCAUCCUCCGCCACACUUCCCGCCUCAAAGAGCUGGAGAGGGAUUUCAGGCACCACCAGCGCACCACCAAGACCACGUGCAGGCUGAAGAGCCAACGGCAGACCCGAAUGCGCUAGCGAUCGACAUAGACGACCUCGAAAGCGACUGCGAGCAAGACAGCGACAAUUUCCAAGACGGUGGAGCAGAUGGCGGUGGCCGUAGCGUGCUGACCCUGUCUGAAGACGACGAGCUGCACGCUCGUUGGAAGGAGGGCACAGGCUGA